AUGAACAACUCUGCUCUGGAUGACUGGGAGCCAUUGCCCAUGAUGGCCGGCAAACACGAGGCCAUACGCGACUGCCACUGGGGAAAACCGGCUCCUUUCCCUCCCAAGCUGGCAGGGGACCUUGGCACAGACGAGGCGGAAGCGGGACACAGUCGGAUUAUGGAGACCGCUCAGCCGGGUGGUGCACAUGCACAUACCAUCUUCCCCGAGGUACCAGGGGCACGGAACCAUGUCCCCAAUAUAUCUGGCGAGCUGCCCUUCAUGCUGGGUCGAUACCUGAAGGAAACCCGAUCCGACGAGAUUCCUCUAGGGGAGAAGAUCUAUCGAGACUACGCCCGCGCUGAACAGCAACUCGCCGCAACGGAUCAUUUCCGGCGACAGUGA